AGUCUAGAGCUCACGUCAAAAGGUGUAAACACACAACUGAAGGGUAAACAAAGCGGCGCAGUAUUUAUCUCCAACACGCGCGCUUUCAAGCGUACAAAUCCUACUUGUAACUUCAUGUAACAUCAGGUACCAUCGGACGUACGAUGAAAAGGCUGGUGAUUAUUAAUACUAUCAAGCAAACUCGGAAUAUUGUCCCGGAACAUAGCCAAGACAUUGGUCGCGGGAAGUUUCUGGAGUGCGAUGAUAAACGUAUUUCUCGAACUCAUGGCCGGAUUUCGAAGGAAUUGAAGGGCUCCAAAUUGCUGCUGCGACUGGAGUCUUUGCACAUAAAUUCAAUCUUUUGUCAAAAAAAAGAUUGCACCACGGAUUACAUACUGAAAAAGAAUGAAACUAUAAUGCUAGAAGUCGGAGACAAGUUUCGGCUUCUUCAAGAUGGCGAUUGGUUUGAGGUGGGAGAAGACACCACCGAAAUAGAUUCACAAAAUACAGACAUGUCCGUGGAAAUGGAGAGUGAAAAUUCGACAUUACAGGAUAGCAUACAGUCCAAGCGAAAACAUGAAGCAGAAAGCGCUGAAGACACAUCGAAAAAGCAACGAAUAGCAAGUGAGGAUAAUUGUGAGGAACCGUCAACUUCUUCACAAUCUCUACCAGCCAAUGACUCUACCAAUGCUGAAAAAAUGGUUUGUCCCGAAACUAACUCACCCGAUACAGAAGCCACUUCGUCAGUUGAUGUUAAACCGGACCCCGAUAAUUUGCCUACCAGUAGUACCAUCCCGCAAGUGCAGAUCAAACCUGAUCCAGACGCACCAGGUUGCAACACAGACUCGAAUAUUAACGGUCCGGGAACAUCCGGGGGCUCUACAGCCGACAAUGGGCCUCCUGUAGCUAUUAAACCUGAUCCGGAUGGAACAGGAGACAAAGCGGGACUGGGCGCCUUGCCUCCAGGCGAUGCUAAUGCUGCCGUGCUACGCCCCUCGUGCGACUUCGGAAUACGAUGCUAUCGAGCCGGUCAAGAACAUCGUAGUGCGUACGCCCACCCGGGUGAUCUUGACUACCGAAGACCGAACCUACCGCCACCUCCACCGGGAUCACCGAUGUGUCCAUUCGGGGCACGAUGUUACAGGCGAAAUCCGCAGCAUUUUCGUGAAUAUGAUCAUCCAGAUCCGAAUGCUGAGUUAGUACGUCCACCAAGGCGCUUUGGGGCGUUCCAAAGGUUCCAAAGGGUAGAAGAUUUAUACAAUCCAUCUGAUGAAUACGAUUCUGACGAUGAUUUCGAUGCUUCAUCUUUGGACGAUUACUUCCCUGACGUGGACUAUUACAGCGAUGAAUAUGAAAGCGAGGGUGACAAUUACGAUGAUAGUGGUCUGGAUUGUUAAAGUUGUGCAGAUACUGUAUGUAUUAUCUUAAGGUGAUUACUGAUCAGGAAUUAGGUUAUAAUGAAUGUGAAUAAAACACCGAAAUGUUCUUGUUUUA